ACAUCGCAACCGCAAUUUUGUUUUUGUUUGUUUUCCCAAACACCGAAUUAAAAGAAAAUUACGCUGAUUUUAAUAAAAAUACAAUACAAUGGCUGACAAAAAGUCCACUGGGGAAGCAACCAAAUCCGUCCAGACAUCAGCGGUGGCCAAACAGGCGGACAAGGAGGCGAAAAAGUCGGCGCCAGGAAGUCUCAACUCGGGCUCAACUGAUGGCGGGAAAACUGGGGAAAAGUCGGAAAAGCCGGGUGUCCAGCCCACCGCCUACAGCAUGCGACCGGCGUUCGGAGAGAUGUUUCCCCUGCCCACCAUCAAGAGCAUAAUGAACAACGUGAUGGCCGAGAAACUCAAGGACAAAACCUACGACAAGGAUGUGGCCAGGACGUGGACGAGUGAGAUUGCGGACGAGGUGAACCAGCAGAUAGCCAGCAGCUCCAAGGUGAAGCGCUACAAGCACGUGGUCCAGGUGAUGCUCGGCCAGGAGCUGGGCGCGGGGGCCACCUACAACUCGCGCUGCUGCUGGGACUGCGACUGCGACACCUCCGUCUCCGAGGUCUUCAGCAACACCAGCCUCUUCUGCGUGUGCACCGUGUUCGGGACGUACCAGUACUAGACGUAGAUUAGGCUAUGAACCCCCUCAGCAUAUUUAUUUUCAAAGUGGUAAGAUAAGCAUGUAGAAAAACGACUAUUUUAACUUAUUUAUAUGAUCAAUACGACAUGAUUUUACACUGCAUAAGUACAAAGUAUUAAGUUUCAUCUCGAUUAGUUUAUACAAUGUUCAUAUCUCUAUAAACAUCGGCUUGUUUUCAACCAA